AGUGGCAGAAGAGGGCGAGGCUGAGAGGGAAGGCGAGGGCUGGAGGGGAGGGAGGCAGCCGAUCCUCCCCGCGAGCCUGCAAGAAUGCGGCAGGGGGCCGGGGGCCUGGGAGGUACUAACUCCCGGAGCCCCUGAUCCGCGCUUGCAGACCUGGCCCGCGGGCCAAUUUCCUGCCAAGUGCCGCGGAGAAGCAGAGGCGCCUGGAAAGCAAAGAGAGGGGCGCUGGGGGUGCCCAUCCCCAGAGUAGGUCCGUCUGCGAACGGGGAAGAAUAGAGGAAGGAGUCAGUGAGUGGUGAGAAGAAGGAAAAAACCUGUCUCCAGACUGGCUCGGGAGCGUCGGAGAGACUGGGGCGCUCCGCGCCAUCGUCUUCAAUGCCUCUCUGAACAGCCUUUAGGAAGAGUGUGAGAGAAAGAGAGAGCGCGCGCCAGGGAGAGGAGAAAAGAAGAUGAGGAUUAUUUGCAGACAGAUUGUCUUGUUAUUUUCUGGAUUUUGGGGACUCGCCAUGGGAGCCUUUCCGAGCAGCGUGCAAAUAGGUGGUCUCUUCAUCCGAAACACAGAUCAGGAAUACACUGCUUUUCGAUUGGCAAUUUUUCUUCAUAACACCAGCCCCAAUGCGUCGGAAGCUCCUUUUAAUUUGGUACCUCAUGUGGACAACAUUGAGACAGCCAACAGUUUUGCUGUAACAAAUGCUUUCUGUUCCCAGUAUUCUAGAGGAGUAUUUGCCAUUUUUGGACUCUAUGAUAAGAGGUCAGUACACACCUUGACGUCUUUCUGCAGCGCCUUACACAUCUCCCUCAUCACACCCAGCUUCCCCACUGAGGGGGAGAGCCAGUUUGUGCUGCAGCUAAGGCCUUCCUUACGAGGAGCACUCUUGAGUCUGCUGGACCACUAUGAGUGGAACUGUUUUGUCUUCCUGUACGACACAGACAGGGGAUACUCAAUACUUCAAGCUAUUAUGGAAAAAGCAGGACAAAAUGGUUGGCAUGUCAGCGCUAUAUGUGUGGAAAAUUUUAAUGAUGUCAGCUACAGGCAACUUCUAGAAGAACUUGAUAGAAGACAAGAGAAGAAAUUUGUGAUAGACUGUGAGAUAGAGAGGCUUCAAAACAUAUUAGAACAGAUUGUGAGUGUUGGAAAGCAUGUUAAAGGCUACCAUUAUAUCAUUGCAAACUUGGGAUUCAAGGAUAUUUCUCUUGAGAGGUUUAUCCAUGGUGGAGCCAAUGUUACAGGAUUCCAGUUGGUAGAUUUUAACACACCUAUGGUAACCAAACUAAUGGAUCGCUGGAAGAAACUAGAUCAGAGAGAGUAUCCAGGAUCUGAGACUCCUCCAAAGUAUACAUCUGCUCUGACUUAUGAUGGAGUCCUCGUGAUGGCUGAAACUUUCCGAAAUCUUAGAAGGCAGAAAAUUGAUAUUUCGAGGAGAGGUAAUGCUGGGGACUGUCUGGCAAAUCCUGCUGCUCCAUGGGGCCAGGGAAUUGACAUGGAGAGGACACUCAAACAGGUUCGAAUUCAAGGGCUGACCGGGAAUGUUCAGUUUGACCACUAUGGACGUAGGGUCAAUUACACAAUGGAUGUGUUUGAGCUAAAGAGCACAGGACCUAGGAAGGUUGGUUACUGGAAUGAUAUGGAUAAACUAGUCUUGAUUCAAGAUGUCCCCACCCUUGGCAAUGACACAGCAGCUAUUGAGAACAGAACAGUGGUUGUAACCACAAUUAUGGAAUCCCCAUAUGUUAUGUACAAGAAAAAUCACGAAAUGUUUGAAGGAAAUGACAAGUAUGAAGGAUACUGUGUAGAUUUGGCAUCUGAAAUUGCAAAACAUAUUGGUAUCAAGUAUAAAAUUGCCAUUGUCCCUGAUGGAAAAUAUGGAGCAAGGGAUGCAGACACAAAAAUCUGGAAUGGGAUGGUAGGAGAACUUGUUUAUGGGAAAGCAGAGAUUGCUAUUGCCCCUCUGACAAUCACUUUGGUCCGAGAGGAGGUCAUUGACUUCUCUAAGCCCUUCAUGAGUUUGGGCAUAUCUAUCAUGAUCAAAAAGCCUCAGAAAUCUAAACCAGGAGUGUUUUCCUUCUUGGAUCCUCUGGCCUAUGAGAUUUGGAUGUGCAUAGUGUUUGCCUACAUUGGUGUCAGCGUGGUCUUGUUCCUAGUUAGUAGGUUUAGUCCUUAUGAGUGGCACACAGAAGAGCCAGAGGAUGGAAAGGAAGGACCCAGCGACCAGCCUCCCAAUGAGUUUGGCAUCUUUAACAGCCUCUGGUUUUCCCUGGGUGCUUUUAUGCAGCAAGGAUGUGACAUUUCACCCAGAUCCCUCUCAGGUCGAAUUGUUGGAGGUGUUUGGUGGUUCUUUACACUCAUCAUUAUAUCAUCUUAUACUGCUAACCUUGCUGCUUUCCUGACGGUGGAGCGAAUGGUCUCCCCCAUAGAAAGUGCGGAAGACCUGGCCAAACAAACGGAAAUCGCCUAUGGAACACUGGACUCAGGGUCAACAAAAGAAUUUUUCAGAAGAUCAAAAAUAGCAGUGUAUGAAAAGAUGUGGACCUACAUGCGAUCAGCAGAGCCGUCAGUGUUCACUAGGACUACAGCUGAGGGAGUGGCUCGUGUCCGCAAAUCCAAGGGCAAAUUUGCCUUUCUCCUGGAGUCCACUAUGAAUGAAUACAUUGAGCAGCGAAAGCCAUGUGACACGAUGAAAGUGGGAGGAAAUCUGGAUUCGAAAGGCUAUGGAGUAGCAACGCCCAAGGGUUCCUCAUUAAGAAAUGCUGUUAACCUCGCAGUUUUAAAACUGAAUGAACAAGGCCUCUUGGACAAAUUGAAAAACAAAUGGUGGUACGACAAAGGAGAAUGUGGCAGCGGGGGAGGUGACUCCAAGGACAAGACGAGUGCCUUGAGCCUGAGCAACGUAGCAGGCGUCUUCUACAUUCUGGUUGGCGGCCUGGGCUUGGCAAUGCUGGUGGCUUUGAUAGAGUUCUGUUACAAGUCCAGGGCAGAAGCGAAGAGAAUGAAGGUGGCAAAGAGUGCACAGACUUUUAACCCAACUUCCUCGCAGAAUACCCAGAAUUUAGCAACCUAUAGAGAAGGUUACAACGUAUAUGGAACCGAAAGUAUUAAAAUUUAGGGCUGACCUUUUCUGAAGCCAUAAGAAACAAAGCCAGAUUAUCCAUCACUGGGAGUGUGGGUGAAAAUGGCCGUGUCUUGACGCCCGACUGCCCAAAGGCUGUACACACUGGAACUGCAAUUAGACAAAGUUCAGGAUUGGCUGUCAUUGCAUCGGACCUACCAUAAAAACCAAAAAAAUAAUUGAGUGCCUUAAUUAAACUGUGUUGGUGACUGAUGGAAACGCAGCCCUGAGGGACACGCCCAGCGCGGGUCUUCGCUAAACCAAUCCUUUGGCUGAGAGCGGAAAGUACGCCCUAAUGCGCCGGACAUCAGCAGCAGCAACGUGUGCAUGAGCUCAGCUCGGAAACCCAAACUCAGAUUUUAUAUCAGGAAAACUCACAAUUUAGAUUUUUUCGGGGAGUGGGGGGGGAGGGGGAGGAGCUGGGAUGGGUGUAUUAACAGCAACAAAUUUCACUCGAGUGGACUUGAAACUAAUCAGACUUGCGAGUUAGCGCAUUAAACUGUGAAGUUCUUGCUCAGAAAGGCCUUGGUCUUCACCAAAAGGAAUAAAAUAGUUGUAGAAGUCAAACAACAUGCUAACCUGUGUCUCCAGAAUACCCAUAUAUUCAAUGGAAGACUAUCCAGCUGAGAAAACAAAUCACUAAACUGUGAUAAGAAAAUAAUACAACAAACAUGUAAAUCCUGUGAAAAAAUUUAAAGGAAGUCUUUACACUUACUUUGGAGAAAACAAAAAUACUGAAACAUGCUUGCUUUUUAACUGAUGUAAAUUCAGUAGAGGACAACACAAUUCUUUUUUCUAACCAUCUUAGGGAACAAUACAUUUGCAAUAAUUGAUAUAAAUGCCAUCACUGUAAUAAACUUUAGAGACUUUUUUUUUAUAAAAGUUGUUGAUCAUCUUCUUGUUUGCUGUAACCUUCACUCUGUCACAUGAGUUGGUGUCCACAGAUUGCAUUUGUCUCACUACCAGGAACAAAAAAAAAUGAAGACAACGUUAACGUAACAUCAUCAGUCUGCAAUGUAGAAUCAAAAGAGACUACGGGUCACUCAUGUUAUCGAUAUUAUUUAUAAUCUUGUUCUGUGUACAAAAUUGUGGUUUUUGUACCCACCAAAACGAAUAAAACAACAGAUGUUCUUAUAAUAUCUACGGAGCUUAAGGUUUUUUCUUAUCAUUGUGAAAGUUAUUUGAGAAAUCAUAAGACUAUAGGAGGAAUUGUAUAAGUCAAGUGUGGGCCAUAAUGGAAAAUGUAGCUAGCCCUUAUUAUUUUUGCAUAUUAAGCUACCCUCUUUUAUAGAUCUUUUGACUCAUCAGCAGGUUGAAUUGUGAAAGAUGGAGUGUCUGAAUUGGAGAAUGAAUUGUUGUCCCAACAGCGACAUACCCUGUAAUUGUGUGCUGAUAUUUUACUUGACUGUAUUUUGCUGCAUAAAAAUAAUGUGUCUCUUAGGCUUCUCCCCCCAUUCUCAUUAUUCCAUUUAAAUCGUUUGAAGGCACUGAUAAUACUUUUGGGUAGACAACAAAUGGAGAAUUAGUCCUUGUUUUCAACUGGAAAUUGAGAAGAAAAUUAUACCCAUGUUUAUUUAUAAAAAUCACCUUAUAUUAUGCAUGGAUUAAAUUAACAUGGUUCAAAAGAAGGUUUGGGUCAUUUGAAAUAAAAAUAAGUGCUAUAAUACAGAUAAAUAUCAUAAUAUUUACAGAUCUUUGCAGAAAGCACAAGUUAGGAUGAUUUUGGAACUCUGGUCUUGAAGGAUGAGUUGAGUUUUCAUAGGUGGAGAAGGUGUUAAGAGCCUUAUGGGUGAGCAGUGGCCCAAAGCGAUGCAUGUCAAUGGCUUGUUUAAUGAGUGUAUGCAACUGAAUGGUCUGGAGAGAGCACAGGGUGUGAUAUCAUGAAAGACAAAAUUGGAAAAGGUAAAGGAUUGAUCACCUUGCUUCAACUCUCAAGAUGCCCAGCCCCCAUUCAAUCUCUGCUGCAGUAAGAGCAAUCUUAAAAGAGUUCAAAUCUGAUAACACACACACACACUCGCACGCGCGCGUGCGCGCGCACACACACACACACUGUUUCCUCAGGAAAAAUUCCAAGCUCUUGAGCAGAGCUAAUGAGCCCUUUAUGACCUGGCCCUUGCUCAUCUCUUCCACAACUUCUCUCACCCCUACCCAACCUCUCCCGCCCUCAAAUGAAUCUCAAAAGCAGCACAUGGGACACUGCAUCUACCAAUUCCUCAGUCUAUAGCUCUUCCCUAUCUCCUCUUUACCUGACUAACUUGUACUCAUCCUUCAGUACUCAAAUCUAAUUUUACCUGCCCUGGGAAGAUUUCCAUGACUAUCUACCACCCCCUGCCUAUCAGACUGAAUUAGGUGCCCUUUUAAUGUUUUCUCCCCCUCACGGCACUUACCAUCCUGCAUUGUAAUUGCCUGUGUACUUGUCUGUGUAACGACUAGACUGUAAGCCCCUUGAGGGAAGGGACUGUGUCGAUCUUGUUCACAGUUGUAUCCCCAGCAUACCCAGCACAGUGCCUAGCAUAUUGUAGGUGCUUAAUAAAUAUUUGUUGAAUGAAUG